AUGACAGAACAGGUCGACGUUCUGAUUUGCGGUGGCGGCUCAGCGGGACUUUGUGCCGCUGUAUGGCUAGCUCGGUGUGGCAUCAGCUACAAGAUCCUCGAACGCCGCGAUGGGCCGUUGAAGAUGGGACAGGCAGACGGUGUCCAGACUCGUACGGUGGAGGUAUUCGAAAGCUUUGGCCUCGCAGAAGAUCUACUCAAGGAGGCCUACCAUGUCCUCGAGCUUGCAUUCUGGGCACCAUCCGAGAAAGGUGGCAUCGCAAGGACUCAUUAUGCGGCGGAUGUGGAACCCGGUAUAAGCCACCAGCCGCAUGUGAUUCUUAACCAGGCAAGAAUGAAUGCACUACUGGCCGAGGAGAUGGAAAGGGCGUCGGGAAGCUCGGACAUUGCGUAUGGGUAUGAAGUAAGGAGCGUGGAUGUUGACAGCAACUCUGCAUCAAACGCUGAGUCUUACUGUUGUACAGUCGUGGCAGAGAAAGACGGCGUAGAUCAGACAUUCCGCGCAAAGUAUGUGCUGGGCUGCGACGGAGCCCAUAGCAUCGUAAGGAAGUCACUGGGUUUCAAGAUGAUCGGCGACAGUACCAAUGCCGUAUGGGGUGUAAUGGAUGUCUACCCGAGAACCAACUUCCCGGACAUUCGUAAGAAGGCGGCGAUAAGCUCGGAUGCGGGAAACCUGAUGAUCAUCCCGCGCGAGGGUGAUAGUCUGGUCCGCUUUUACAUUGAGAUCGAAAAUGCAACGGAAGCCAAGAGCCUAACUGUGGAGGACCUGCACGAGAGUGCGAGGCAUAUCUUCAGUCCUUAUACGAUGGAAAUUGCCGACACAGCUUGGUGGUCAGUAUACUCAAUCGGUCAGCGUCGUGCAGACUACUUCACGAAAGACCACAGGGUCUUCUUGACCGGUGAUGCGUGCCAUACGCACUCACCCAAAGCAGGUCAGGGAAUGAACGUCUCUCUACAAGACGGUUACAAUAUUGGCUGGAAGCUGGCGGCAGUUCUUCGUAGCCAAGCAGAUCCAAGACUCCUCGAAACUUAUGUCUCUGAGCGGGAGAAGACGGCGACCGAGCUCAUCGAAUUUGACCGGAACUGGACGAAACUGUUUUCGUCAGCGUAUCGGCGCGAACAUGGCAUUACCCCCGAGCAAUUCCAGCAACAAUUUGUGGAGGCGGGCCGAUACACAGCUGGACAAGCGACGCACUACAACGACUCUAUGAUAGUCUCGUCUGCGUCUAGCGAUCAACCUCUCGCCAAGAAUUUGCCAGUCGGUGAGCGAUUCCCAAGUGCGCAAGUCGUAAGGUUCUGCGAUGCACGGGCGAUGCAGUUCAUCAGGGCUUUGCCGGCGGACUCGAGAUGGCAUAUCAUCGUGUUUGCUGGUGACAUGAGUAAUAAGUCAGCUUCUGAGGGACUAAAAAAGGUGGCAAGUGAUUUGGAGCAUCUGGUUAGGCGCUUUACACCUCCAGGUGCUGACGAUGAUAGUGUUUUCAAUAUCAUACUAGUUUUAUCAGGUAAACGCACCGACGUUGAGCAAGAACAGAUUCCUCGGGUAUUCACACCUAUUUCGGGAAAGUGGAAGAUGAAAAACCUUUUCAGCACGUUUGUGGAUGAUGAGAGCUAUAACUCGGGCCAUGGCCAUGCCUACUCGGCGUAUGGCGUAGACCCUGAUCGUGGUGCUCUUGUUGUUGUCCGUCCUGACCAGUGUAAGAAGCUACCGCUCCAAAUUCGUUAA